AUGGCAGAGAAAAGCAUCUUUAAAGGGCAGAAUGUAGUGGAAUACAGUACAUCUGACCCGUUGCUUUUAUUCAUUGUUCAGGCAAUCCUUAUAAUAGGCCUUUCACGCCUUCUUCACUUUCCUCUUUCUUUUUUACAGCAGCCUAGGGUAAUCGCUGAGGUAAUUGGCGGAAUUCUUUUGGGUCCUACUGCAUUUGGCAGGAUUCCUGGGUUCUUGUCCCAUAUAUUCCCCGAUGAUUCUUUGGGUCCUCUUAAUCUCGUUUCCAACCUUGGCUUGGUUUUGUAUCUGUUCGUAAUUGGAAUGGAGGUUGAUAUGAGUGUGUUUGUUUCCAAUUACAAAGUCACUACCUUGGUAACCCUUAGCAGCAUUCUGUUUCCUUUUGCCGCUGGUUCAGCUAUAUCUGUUGGGUUGCACCAAUUUACGCCCAAGUCUAACUUUGGUGAAUUUUUAUUAUUUAUUGGAACAGCUAUGUCGAUUACAGCUUUUCCUGUACUGGCGCGAAUUCUUUCUGAGUUGCAUCUUCUUCAUCGCCGACUCGGUGUCAUCGUCUUAGCUGCUGGUGUUGGAAACGACGUUGUGGGGUGGAUUCUUUUGGCCCUCUCAAUUACAUUGGUUAAUAGUGGAACAGGAGUUCAAGCCAUUUACGUCCUGUUACUAGUUUGUGGUUGGUGUGUCUUUUUGUUUUUAUUAGUAAAACCUUUGCUAAGGUACUUGGCGAUAAAGACAAAAGCAUUGGAAAAAGAUCCAUCAGAGUUUUUUAUUUGUAUACUCUUGUGCUUUGUGCUAAUCUCUGCCUUUUUUACCGACAUCAUUGGUGUGCAUCCCAUUUUUGGAGGAUUUCUGAUCGGGACAAUUAUUCCACACGAAAAUGACCUUACAAUUAAAAUUACAGAAAAAAUUGAAGAUUUGGUCGUAUGCCUAUUAUUGCCGUUGUACUUUGCUAGUUCUGGUCUUAAAACAAAUAUAGCAACUUUGAAUGACGGCAAAUCAUGGGCUUAUACCGUGGGGGUAAUUAUAGUUGCAAUCUCUUCUAAAAUAUUUUCUAGUACUUUGGCUGCGCGUUGUUUAAAAAUGGCUUGGUCUGAGUCAUGGGCAAUUGGUUCUCUCAUGUCAUGCAAAGGAUUAGUGGAACUGAUUGUUUUAAAUAUUGGCCUUUCAAGUGGGAUUUUAGAUGAAAAGAUAUUUACCAUGUUUGUUGUCAUGGCUGUGGUAACUACGUUCGUAACCACGCCCAUGACUAGAUUCUGUUUGCGAUUUCUUCACUCUGACAGCGAGCAAACGGUUGCCAAUCUCAGGGGUAGUAUUCCUGAAAGCUCGUUUUCAAGCUACAUCUACAAAUUCUGUGUGUUGUUUCACCAACCAUCUGCGACAUCGGCCGCAAUGUUAUUUACUAGUUAUUUGGGUGAAAGCUAUAACCACAAGAGUCCACUACUCUCUAUGCCUAUGUUUGAAAUACAGGGAAUUUCUACGACACACUUAGAAUCCAGAACAUCUGCUCUGUUAAAAGCGUCGCAGUUUCCGCAUAAUAUUAAUAAAGAAAACACCCUAGAAAUGUUCAAAAUAUUUGUCCAGCUUAACGGGCUAAGGUUUAGCGAAAAUCACAUUUUUGUGGAUGACACGGACUUUGCUGAUGUUAUACUUGAAACAUUGAGUUUAAAAAAUACUCAAUUGCUUGUUGUACCUGUCUUGAAAGAAGUAGAUAUCGACUCUUCUUUGAAGCCGACCUCACGGUUUUCUUCCAUCGAAAAAGCUUUCGGCUCUUUUGGUAAAUUUCUUCACUUUCUGAAGACUUUUAAACACACAAGGAUCCCUUUUAGCAUGUUUUUAACCCAAACGAUUUCUGAAGUCCAUGCCGUAUCUAAUCAAGGGAAAGACUCGUGGGAUGUAUCCGUAGUCCCUCGCGAUAAUGAAAGUCAGAUUUCUAUAGGAGCUUAUGAAAAAGUGGAUUUCACUGAAGACACUACUGAAUUACGACAGCAUUGUGAAAUUGGUAAAAAAACACUAGUUUACAUUUUCACAGGUACUGUCAAUGAUAUUUUGGCACUAGAGAUGUUUCUAACUUUACUACACGACACUGAAAGUACAGCGAUAAUAUAUCUUUUUGAGGAAUAUCGAAUCCCUUCGGCCGACAUUAAACGACCUGAAGCAGCAUACUCAUUUGAGCAAAUAUUCUCAGAUGAAAAUGAUCACAAGAAGGAGACGUUGUUGCCGAAAUUGCGAAAGAAAAUGAAGAAAGAAAAAAAUCAGCCAUCUUUCAACGCUUCUCGAAGAUCCAGCAGUUUACCUCAACUCAGAAGUUUUUCCAUUUUCGAAGCCAAAUUGGCAAAGGUACACCCCUGUAUGCGCUCAAGGAUCCGGUUUAUUAGAUUCUCUUCGGGAGAUCAAUUGGUUACUGGUAUUCAAGAGCUCCUACGAGGCUCGAAAAUGUUUCUAGAUAACCAAAAGGCACAAUCCUUUAUGAUUUUAGCAGGUUGCGAGGAUGCGUCAGACUCGCAACUCGAUGAUAAUGGUGAUGGAAUUUUUUUUUCAAAGAAUAGACAAGGAGAUAUUAUAUCUAAUUAUGAGCAUAUAUUCGGAAACUGCAUACACCGCUUGCUCUUGGAGUUUCCAUUGACUGACUUCUUUCUGGCAAUGAACUCCCCUUAA